AGAGGGACACACAGGUUCCCCAAUGGAGCAGAGGGACACCCAAGUUCCUCAAAGGGAGCACAGGGACACCCAGGUUCCCUUGAGGGAGCAGAGGGACACCCAGGUUCCCCAAUGGAGCAGAGGGACACCCAGAUUCCUCAAAGGGAACAGAGAGACACCCAGGUUCUCCCUCCUUUAGGGGGCAAUCAGGAUCCAAAGUCUGUUUUGUUUAAGGCACUCAGGACACCUUCCUGGGCACUUACCCUUUGAUUUUUAUCUAAAUCUGCAGUGGUUUUGAGGAGGCAUCACAAUGAAGUGUAGAAAGCAGACCUCCCUCCCCUGAAGCUGCAGCUUCCCCCCAGCUCAGAGGGAUCAGAACAAACCUUUGCUGGGAGCAGUUUUGUUACAGUGCCCCAUCACCUGGACCCUCUGCAGCCUGGGGAAAAUCUCAUCCUUGGCUGGCCAUAUGGAUACAACAACCACAACACAGCAGAGAGUUUUCUGUUGUGUACUGAAUGGUCUUUGUUAGUCUCUUCUUUAUCUUCUGGUUUCUGCAAAAUGUCCUUGUGACCUAUAAAUUCUGCACUCGUUGUGUCCAAUUUCAGCAAUAUAUUUCUGUCUCUCUCCAGACUUUGUUUAUUGAGGCAUGUCAAGAGCCCUGACUGCUGUGCAGCACUCCUGAGCAGAGUUGUGUAAAUCUCAGACUGUUCCCUGUGGUCAGAUCUUGGAUCCUGAUCUGAGGCUGCUGUGAGGCUUGCAGGGAAAAAAGGCAAUUAUUGCCUAGGUGGAAGUGAGAAGGAAAACCUAAUUGCUAAAUGAGCACAAAUGCAAAAGGAGUAAAUUGCAGCAGUGCUGGGGUGGUUCUGUGCCUCCUGCCUGUGCCUCAGACUCUCCCCACAGGAGGGUGUUUGGUGGGCCCUGAUCUCCAAAAAUCCAUCCUUGCUUUCAUGGCCUUGUGACAGAACUUGGUGAAACUUGGUGGCCCAGGCUGGGCAGGGACCAAAGCAGCCAGUUCAGGUGAUGGGAUUGACACAGAUCUCUUUCUGGAGCAUGUCCUGAUGUCCUUGGUCAUCCAGAGCUUUGCCCUCUGUUCCUGAGAGAGGCAAUGGCCACAACAGGGAACGAUUUCUUCAUUGCUGAGGGAAUGGCUCCUCCAAAAAGGAUCCUCUUUCCACCAGAGAAGAUCUGCAUGGUCUGGCAGCAGAGACAGAGGGCUGGGGCUGGGCUCUUCAACGUGGGCAACACGUGCUUCCUCAACUCUGUGCUGCAGUGCUUGACCUACACCCCCCCGCUGGCCAACUACCUGCUGUCCCGAGAGCACAGCCAGGCCUGUCACCAGCAAGGUUUCUGCAUGAUGUGCAUCAUGGAAGCUCACGUGAACAAGGUCUUGCAUUCCCCUGUCAGUGCCAUCCUGCCUUUGCCUGUCCUCAAGGUUUUCAGACGCAUAGGAGAGCAUUUUCAGCCUGGCAGGGAGGAAGAUGCCCAUGACUUCUUGUGCUGUACUGUCAAUGCCAUGCAGAGAGCUUGUCUGAGUGCAAGCAACGACUUGGACCUCUCUUCUCAAUCCACUACCAUUGUCUAUCAAAUAUUUGGGGGCUUUCUGAGAUCCAGAGUCACCUGCUUCAGCUGUGAAGCCGUUUCUGACUCCUAUGAGGCCUUCCUGGAUAUGCCUUUGGAUAUCAAAGCAGCCUCGUCCCUCACUGCAGCUCUGGAGGACUUUGUGGCACCCGAGCACCUGGAUGGUGAUAACUGCUUUAAUUGUAACAAGUGUAAGAAGAAUGUUGCUGCCUCCAAGAGGUUCACAGUCCAUCGUGCACCCAAGGUUCUCACUGUGUGCCUGAAAAGGUUUGACUGUUUCACCGGCGGGAAGAUCAGCAAGGUUGUGGAGUACCCCGAGUACCUGGAUCUUCGCCCGUACAUGUCCCAGGCAGAUGGAGAACCCCUCCAGUACUCCUUGUAUGCUGUCCUGGUGCACAGUGGGGUCAGCUGCCAUGGAGGACACUAUUUCUGCUACACAAAGGCCAGCAAUGGGCUGUGGUACCAGAUGGAUGAUGAGUCUGUGGAGCUCCGUUGCAUUGACACAGCUCUCAGGCAGCAAGCCUACCUGCUGUUUUAUGCCAGAUGCUGUGAUCUGAAGAUUGGAGAAAGGGCUUCUUCCUCGCUGACACCACCAUAUGUCCCUUCCUUCCUCAGUCACUGGGCCGGCAGCAGCAAGAAGGUGGCUUCUAUUGGCCCUCAGGGUUUGCCUGGCAGGAAGAAGGAUGUGGAUGUGGAAGAUGCUGGCAGGGAGCAGGCCUGGAGCAGAUCCCCGCUGUGGGGCCGGGAUGGCCGCAGCUGCGUUGUGGACACCACGGACUGUGACCACUCCUCAGGGAGGAGAACGGGCCCUCCCAGUUCUGGCCAUUCUCCCAGCGAUGGUGCAGCUCCAGGGCCUUCCAAGAGCAGCCUGCAGAGGGAUGGUGCCCCCAGGGCUGCUCUGGAGCAAGCCCUGCAGAGAGAGAUGAGCAGAUCCAUGCGGCGCGGCUACAACCUCCGCAGCCGCUUUGUGCAGCACACCGACCACAAGCCCUCACCGAGGAGGAGGAGGAGGCAGACAACAAAUUCUCCGUGUCAUGACCAACACAGAGCAGCUCCAGAGCCCUCCAACACCAGCUUGAAGCAGGCUGCCGUACUCAAGGCUGACGGAGAGCAAGCCCCACCAAGGUGGAGGGAGCAGAGGAGAUCGCCGCGGUGGGGCUGUGACCUCCGCAGCCGCUCUGUGCAGCGCGCCCUCCACCCCUCUCUGGGCAAGAAGAACAGGGGGAGAACGAGUCCUCCACGUUGUGACAAAGCCCCAGUGGAUAACACAGCCUCAGGGCCCUCCAACACCUGCUUGAAGGAGGUUCCUGUGCCCAAGGCUCCCAAGCAGAGGGAGCAGAGGAGAUCCCCACAGACGGGCUAUGAUCUCCGCAGCCGCUUUGUGCUGUGCACAGCCCACCAGCCUUCAGCGAGGAAGAGGAGGGUUUCCACGCCCCAGAGAUGCGUGUCAGACAAGCACUCAGAGCACCCUGGGAGUGCUGCAGUCAGACUGUGGCCCUGGCUGAAGCAUAAUGGAAGAUUAGCGCUGCGUUUUUUAGCAAAGAAAGAGGUCUCGUGUUUUAAACCCAGAUGGAAAUUAAGCACCACGCAGCUGCUUGCUCAACCAUCUCUUCUUCCCCCCCACACUGGUGGAAUGGGGAGGAGAUUUGAAGUAAAACUUGUCUGUUGAAUUAAGAACAGUUUAAUAUCUGAAAAUAAAGUCAAGUACAACAAUGGCAGUACUUAAUAAUGAUAAUGAAAAGGGACCAAACAAGUGAUGUACAAUGCAAUUGCACACCACCUGAUGCCAGAGCCCCCUUCCCAAACUAAGAUCAGCUGCCCUUCUGGGCAACUCCUCCCAGUUUAGAUUCCAGGCAUGAUGUUCUAGGGUGUGGGUGUCCCUUUGGGCAGGUCAGGUCACCUGUCCCAGCUGGGUUCUCUCCCAGUUUGUUUUGGGAACCUCCUCACUGGCAGAGCAGAAGAUGAGGAAACAAAAAGUCCUUGACUCAGGAUAAAUAUGACUUUGCAAAACCUAAAACUUCAGUGUAUUAUCAACACCAUUCUCAUUCCCAAUCCAAACCGCAGCUAAAGAAAUUAAAGAAGACAUUAACUCUACCCUAGCUGAAACCAGGACAAUGGGAUUACAGUGCAACUGCUGAAUUGUCUUUGUUAGUUCCCUGUUUAUCUUAGGGUUCUGAACAAUGGCCUCAUGGCUCAUAAAUUCUGCAUUCCUUGUGUCCAACUUCAGCAAUAAAUCCCUCUUCCAGGUAUGAGACCAUUGAAGCAUAUCAAAGUUGAUUACAGUUGUUUUAAACUUAAAUCUUCAGGAAUUUUCCCAAGCUGUGCUCCCACUGUAGCAGCUUAUGACAAACCUUGCUGAAUGUUGGCUACAGUGGCAUAUGACAGAGUGGAAAAUUACACUGCUUAUGAUUAAUUAAAAGAAGUAAUUAGAAUAUUUAGUUAAAACAAUUAGCUGGAAGAGGUAUUUGUAAAGUUCUAUCAUUUCCAACACCAUGGAAACAGACAUUCCCUGAUCUGAGGGCAGGAGCAGCAGGGAUAUCCCGGCCUUCACAUGGAAGAAACCAAAGAGCUUCUAACACCUUUUUCAGCAGCAAAGCAUAUUUUACUGAAUAAACCUGACAAAACAAAAUCUAAAAAUGUAGCAGACUGGCAGACAAUCAUGCUGUAGAAGGGCAGUUCCACUUUUGCAUGGUGAGAACUUCUAGCAUCCCUCCCUAAGGUGUGUGAAGAUCUCUCUCUUGAGUAGGGAAGCCCCUUGAGGUCACUUCUCAAGGCUCAACAAAAUAGGUUUGCUCAUGGUUGUUGCAUGGGUAACAUCAAUCUCUAUUUAAUAACUGUUUUGCUAGAUUUAAUAUAAUUGCUUCUCUACUCCUUCAAAACUAGUGCACUAUACUA